AUGGAUUAUUUACGUCAAAUUGAAGACGAUUUUAUUGAAAAAGAACGUCUUGAACAGCGUGAAUUAUCAUUACAUAAUGAAAAACUUCAAUUAGAAUUAGAAUUAAAUACUUAUAAAUUAGAAAUAAAACGUUUAUAUUCAUGUUUUAAUAUAAAUAUCGAUUCAAUUAAACAAUUAAUGCCAAUUUUAGAAGAUCGAUUAUUACAGACUUCUUCUAUUUCAUCAACAUCACAACUCAAUAAUGAAUAUGAACAACUUCAACAGAUUUUGAAAAUUUAA